CGUCUAUUUACCGAUCGAGAUUCAACGAUUCAACAUAUAAGUUUGUCACAAGAACUCUUAUUUUCGGCAAUAAUGGGUUGGGUACAUCACGACCCAAACGAACGGAAACAACAUAUGGGAAACCUCCUCGAAUUGAUAAAAACAGCUUUCAUUUCGUCAUCGUUCCUGAACACAACAAUCCUGAAGGAGAAUUUGCUGCGAGAAGACAUUGGUGGUGCUAAAUGGCUUUUGGCUAACUUCUCCUUGCAGCAAUCCUACAAUCCAUUCCUCCGUGAACCUAUUGAAUUGUAUCCUGACGCGGAACAACCAAAUUUCGUCAUAAUGGACAGGACUAAUCGUUGCUUGGGUUUCAACACUGAAACAAAACAAUUGUUCAAUUUAGCGAACCACCCCCGAGCUCAAGGCUACUGUGCGGUGUCAUACAAGGAAGAUGUCUAUCUGUUUGGUGGCAAACGAACUCGAACCGCUUUAAGAUACAGCGUCGGCACAAACAACUGGGAAACAAUACCUUUUCGUUGCUAUUUCACCAUGCAUUCAGGGGUAGUUGCCAACGACAGCGCUUACUUUACCGGAGGAUAUUCCUGCUUCCAUCGAGUAUGGCAGAAUUUAGUAUGCCGGUAUGAUUUCCACUUGGCGAAGAUGACCCAAGGCUCAACUAUGCUAAUGAGACGAGCUUCUCACGGAUCAGUUGUGUGUGAUGAUUGCCUUUACGUCUGCGGCGGUUCGAAUCGAACUGUUGAUUCUAUAAUGGAACUGGCUCUUUCUGAACGUAUGGAUAUCCGUGAAGGAAUGUGGCGACUUUUGCCUCAUAUGAAAUCUACCCAUGGGGAUUGUAGUUCGGCCGUAGUUAAUGGGAAUGUCUAUUGUUCAGAUACUUUCGGUGGUAAAACAGAACGAUUCGAUGUCCGACGAUAUAAUUGGGAAACAGUGGCAACCGCUCCGGGGGCUAUGGGAUCGAUAGUUACACACAAUGAGAAACUGUAUCGCGUUCAUCAGUCUGGAAUAGCCGUUUAUGAUGAACUCGAGGAUUCCUGGUCUAAAGUUAUAGAGUACGAUUUCGAUACACCUACAGUUGCUGUUACAAAUAUCUAAGUUCCGGAUCUGUUAUUAAUAAAAAAUGCUAAAUUUCUAA